AUGGAAAGUUGUAAACCAAUUACUAGCAAAGAUGAUUUAAUAUNUAAUAUCAUGUCCAGAAAAAUUAAACAACUUCCAGAAUCAGGUGAUUCGAACUGUGACACCUGUACCACAACAUGGGGUGCAAUAGUUGGUUUUGUUCUGGGUGGUCUGUACCCUGCCCUUUGGCUAUACCCUGAAUGGGGUGGAGGGAGGCUUGCUGCCAGGUAUGAAUCAAGCUCACUGCCACAGAGGAGAAACAUCUUCAAUUACUGGAUUUCAGUUCCUAAGCCUGUCUUUAGAAAAAUGUUAUUUCCUACUUUACUUCAUCAGACUGUGUUUGCAGCAUAUCUUGGCAGUUAA